GCUACCUUCCUUCAGUGUGCACCGUUACCCUGCAUAUUGGUGACUCCCAGCAGUAAGGGAGUGUCGGCCAAUAGGUUGUGGAGAGCGAACUUUGCAGGGUCCAUCAAAGCCGUUUCGAAUUGCAGGAGGCCAUUCUGCAUUAAAAGGUGCAUGGCCUUGGCAGGUGAGCAUACAGAGGAUGUCGAGGCAUAUCUGUGGUGGGUCCAUCAUAAGCCAUCGGUGGAUAAUCACAGCAUCCCACUGCUUCAGAAAUAGUAACAACUAUAAACUACAAGUAGUGGCUGGAGUGAAUUCUCGAUCCACGCGAGAAAAGGGUGUCCAGUAUCGCUCAGUUCAGCAAGUGAUCCUGCAUGAGAAGUUCAACCGAUCAUAUUUUGAAAACGAUGUGGCACUAUUGCAUCUGCAUCACUCUUUGCAUUUCACAAAUCAUGUGCAGCCUUUGUGUAUGAUUGAAAAUGAAAUGGACGAGAAACAACUCAGCUUUGGCUCAUGUUACAUCACUGGUUGGGGCAGCUCAGUGUUACAAGGAAUGUUAGUUGACACUCUUCAGGAAGCUGAAGUUGAGCUCAUUGAUACUGGAAUCUGCAACCAGAGAAGCUGGUAUAAUGGCCAUGUUAAUGACAACAUGAUCUGUGCAGGAUUUGACAAAGGGGGUGUUGACACAUGUCAGGAUACAGCGCUCAACCUGGUGAAUUGGUUGAUUUUAAAGGUGGAAGAGCACUAUAUCUUUUAACUCUGUCUACACCAGACACGCAUGACGAAGCAGAUCCGGACGUGGUGCAACACAACAAAUUUGCCACAAUAAACUGAUGCUCCGGUCUAUUUCUGACGUAGUUAAAAGCGCUCGCUCUACUCACACUGUCUCAUCUAGUGUAGAAACGGUGUGAGGCUCAUUCGACUGUUCCUUAUUUGCACAAUGCUCAGCUGAUGUUACUGUAGUAAAGACAGUAAAGGAUUCAUUGAUGACAACAAUAAAUUUAAUUAACAUAAAACUUUAUACAUUUUGCACCAACAAGCAAUAUUUUGACAAUUAAGAAAUGAGAAUUAAAAAUACAAAAAGAAAAAAAAUGUUAUGAGAAUGUGUGCAUUGUUAAAGAAAAGAGCUGCACAGAAUUUCACAUGUAAACAAUCUGCAGGAAGAAAGAAUAUUUUGAUAUCUAAGGCCAUUUUGAAAUAGACAAGUUAGGUGCUAAUACAUUUUAUUAGGAUUGAAAAGAUCUCACAUUCUCUUAUUUUCCCCCAUAUGUUGGAAAGCCUUGGUUAAAACACUCUUACUUUCAACCACACUCUCUCAACAAACAUUCAACAUUGAAGGGUUGUUCACACAGACAGAGAUUUGCAGCAACACCAUGGUUCACACUCGGCCACCUCAGUUUCGGCGUGAACAGGGCUUACGAGAAACAGAAUGACAAAACAGAUGUUAAGCUUGAAAAUGAUCUAUUUUGUGACUGCUGU